AUGCUGUUGCCGCAAGUGACGGCCCCGUCGAGAGGGUGCUCUCCCCCUCUGACUGAACGCGAUCUCUCUCCAAAUACCCCCACUGACGGUGAAGAUAUGCCAGGAAGACCUAUCGGCGAUAACCCAGACACUGUCAAGUACCAAGGAGUUCAGGAUUUUCUCGACGUCGCACGUCGACAAUACGACUCACUGCAACAACUCAAGACCGACCGACAGAUCCUAAAGUUUCGAUCGGCUACAGAGAACGAGUUCGAUAUCCUCUCAGCCGACGACACGCGGCCUUCAAAAUAUGUCAAGCUUCAGUACCAUCGGCCGACCGAACUUCUAGUCGUCAAGGUCAUGCCAGGCUGGGAUCAUGAGAACCUCACUUUCCUCCUUCGAAAAUUGAUUGAUAAGCAACUCAUUGCCAUGAAUGUUGACCUCGAGUGUCUUACACUGAAUUCCCCGCGUAUCGAACUUGGGGAUUGGGUCAAAGAGCCCGACGUCUGUUGGGCUCCAGCAUUUUCGCCGAGCAAACCAACUUGUGUGGUCGAGGUCGGAACCUCUGAAUCUGCAACUCACCUGUCCGUCGAUGCCCAUGGAUGGCUAGAAGCUCCCCAAUCGCCAGUCCAAGCCGUCAUCACUGUUUCAUUCAAGUACGUCUCCGCGGAAACAGACGAGAACCCCCUUACCAUAUCCGUCUGGAAAAAAGGAUGUGGAUUGUCUAGUGUUGAUACGCGCAACAACCUCUCGCCUGCUGUCCGCACAGCCCAUUUCGACGUUUGGAACCUGGCCGGCUCUCUCUCGGUGUCCGGAUUCUACCACGAUCUCGACAUGCAAAUACCUGUCUGUGCUAAUGAAAUUGACCUCCCCUUGGAGCUUUUCAUCGGCCGAUCAGCUUCUCGGCCAGGAGAACAUGACAUUGUAAUAACUCGAGAUGACUUACUUUGGGUUGUACGCCAGUUACGGGAAUACCGUCGGCUUCGGGGGAUAUCACAGUAG